GUGCACGUGAUGGGGACGGCCGAAGUAGUUGCGUGGUGCCUGCUGGUCAGUUGGCUACCAGCAUCUGUGGUAGGUGUGUGGUCGCAUCGCUACGACCUCCUCUCCUACUACGACUACAGGAUCGCUUACCCCAAUGAAACCUCGCCUGUUUCUUCUCCUAGAUCUUGCCGCACUCUCUGCGUGUUUGAUGAGGGAUGUUCCGCGUCAUCCGCCACGCCCUCGGACAAACGAGGGGAGUUCGAGUGCAGGGUCAGCCGCGUCGCCGAGGCUCACCGCACCAUCUCCCCUCAUUCAGACUCCGUCGCCUUCAUCAAAGAAAGGAAGCCCAAGUUGUUCUUCUGGAGCGAUAACAAAGACUUCACACCGAGCGGCUUCAGCGACCUCUGCUCCAGCAAAGGAGGAAAAUUAGGGAUCAUCUCUACCAUCCAGGACAUCGAAUACAUCAAGAAGAACAUCAUGGCAGAGGUGGAUGACCAGGGCGGUUUCUUCAUCCCUCUGGUCGGCAAGAAGGUGAACGGUACAGCAUAUCGAGUGCGUUGGUUGGAUGUUGAACACGGAGUUGACACCUAUCAUCCCCUGAACCUCUUCUUCUCCGACAGCAGCUCCUUCAAUGGCCAAAUUUGUCACAAAAUCAGCCCUCAGAACGGACUCACUCUGCGACGACUCGACUGCGGCAGUGGGUCAAAGCAAAAGCUGUUGUGCUACAAGUAUCAGGACUGAUCAUGCGACUGAGAAUCUAGUGAAUGAGAUCAAAUUAUUAUCACUCAAGUUCCAAAUUUUUUUAAUGUAAUCGCCAGUUUCUUCGUAAAAGUUGCACCAAGUUUACAGAAAAUUUCGCAACGGUAUAGAAUAUCGAUGAUUAAAAUUUCACGCUUUGAAUGGAAAUGGCAUGCACGUGCAAUUAGAAUAUAUCUACUCGGCAAUUCCCUCCUAAAUGAUAACGACUGAACAAGUCGAAAUUAUUCAACUGUUACGCUAGUUACUACGGUCAUGGAAUAAUGGGAGAAUCGUAUAUUUUCGGUUCGGGAACACGAAACUUACGUCGCAUGUAUGUCACUGUACGAAUUGCACAUGCGACAUUAAUUUCGUGUUUCCGAAUCUUGGAAUCUUGCUUGUCGGAAAUAAAAUUGUCAAAACAUAGUUUAAUAUCACAGGAAGAUUAUAUCUAGUCCCAUUUCGUCAAUAAUUAAUAGGAUAUAUUUAGGAUAAUAGGAUAAUGUCACAAAAUAUUUCCGGUGGCGUUCCCAUAUAUGAUGUGUUCUUUCACUAUAUAUACACUAUAUAAAAUUUACUUUCUCACAUCAUUUAACAGAAUAAAAAUCUAUUACAAUCAUUCAAUGAUGAAUGUUAAUUAUUGUCAAGGAUAAUCAAUUCAAAGCUAAAUGAAUUUAUUUGAUUCGCAUUCGAAAAGUGCUAGAUGAUAAAAAGCAAAAUUACUGAUCAAGGAAUAUUUUCAUGAACACGAGUUUUGCGCACCUCUUUUCAGAGUAUAAAUUGUGGAUCACGUGUUAAAUCUUACUUAUUCAAUAUUUUACGACGACGGCCUCCAUCAAUUUAGUGCCGCACCAUAAAUAAAGUGUUGAUUGAAUCCAGAAAAUAAUCGAGACCUCUAUUCGUAAAUUUGCUAAUUUGCGCCCAGUUUCUUAAGAUGUGCCAACAUUUCGUUGGGUCAUGUUGAAAAUUUUUUAAAUUUUUUUUAUUUGUGAUAAGCUUCUAUAAGAUUCGGUUUUAUCAAAUUUCAUGUGUGCAUUGAUAGUAACAAGUUGAAAGUUCAAUUGAAGCUCCAGUUUUAAUUCUAUCCGAAAUUUUAACAAAGACAUUCAUGCCUUGAAACAGUAUAAAGUUCUUCAGAAAUAAAAGAGAUGAAAGCACCAA